ACCGCGCCGCAAGAUGAGGGUAAGCAUGUUGUUUCAGCUGCCGCGAAUGGCACGCAGGUCGCCAGCGCUGUCGCCCCGGCGCCGAAGCCGACCGUCAACGGCACGAGUGCGCCUGCAGAGAGCAGCAAUCCUAUGCCACAGUCUACUCUGCAGCAGAGGUUGCCUCACGACAAAGUUGGCAGACUCGAGGACCGCAUUAGGGACGAUCCGCGAGCCGACACCGAAGCGUGGUGGGAGUUAGUACAGCACUACAAAGACAAGGAUCAGCUUGACAACGCACGGAAUGUGUAUGUUCGUAUGCUUGAAGUCUGGCCAACAAGUCCCGCCGUUUACCUUUCCUAUCUCGAUCUCGAGUACUCAGACUUCGACCGUAAUCACAUUGACCAACUCUUUUCGGCCUCUCUGCCGGUCAUUCCAUCGUUGCCGCUCUGGACGAGCUAUCUUUCUUACCUACGACGCGUGUUCCCGCUUGUGCCCGAUCCCCAAGGUGACAACCGCAAGAUCAUCACGCAAGCCUUUGAAGCCGUUCUUGACACUGUAGGCAUAGAUCCAGAUUCCGGCAAUCUCUGGCGCGACUAUAUCGACUUCAUCAAAUCAGGCCCUGGCAUGCUUGGUGCAACCGGCUGGCAAGAUAUGCAAAAGAUGGACCAGUUGCGGAAGGCGUACCAGCGAGCCAUCAAAGUACCCACUGAAGACUUGAUCAAGUUGUGGAAGGAGUACGAUAACUUUGAGAUUACCUACAACAAGGCCACAAGUCGUAAAGUACUGCAGGAGCAGAGUCCGCACUACAUGACUGCGCGCACUGCAGAGAAGCAGCUACGCAGCAUUGUUGAUGGCCUUCAGCGUGACGGAGGAGGCGGUGCCAAGCUGCUCCCCACGCUGCCACCACUCGAAGGGUGCGAGGGCGAUGACGCCUUCGCAGAGCAGGUAAUGAAGUGGCGUGCUUGGAUUGAGUGGGAGAAGAGCGAUCAACUUGUGCUCAAGGACGAAGAGAUCUCGCUUUGGAGGAAGAGGAUCGUCUAUGCGUAUAAGCAGGCGACGAUCAAUCUCCGCUUCUACCCUAAAAUAUGGUUCGAAGCCGCACAGUGGUGUUUCGAGCAGCUCGGUGUCGAGGACAUGGCAACGCACGGGGAAAAGUUUCUUGACGACGGCCUGAUGGCGAAUGCGGAGUCUGUGCUCCUGACUCUGAAAAAGACCGAUCAUCUGGAGCAAACGAUGCCGACAGACGGUGGUGAUGAACAGAUCAUCAAGAAUGGCGAGCGGCUGGAUGCUGUGUUUGAGAGUUGUGUUAAGUGUCUGUACGAUCUGAAUAAGAAGCACACGGAGAGGAAGGAUCGCACGAUUGCAGAGGCCAAGGAGCACUUCGCUUCUCUACCGCCCGACGAAGCCGACGACCAACAAGCAGUAGCACGGGAUGAAGACGACGAUGAGCGCCAUGGAGAUGAGUCGCCCGUUGAGAAGCCGAAGACCCGCGCUGAGCAGCUUCAGGAGCGUAUCAAUGCCAUCCAGUCCGCCGCCCGGAUUCAGAACGAAAUUAUGAAAAAGACCAUCUCGUACGUAUGGAUCGCCAAGAUGCGCUCUUUCAGGCGCGUCCAAGGCCAAGGCAAACCGCAAGCUCCGAAGAAGGGAUUCCGCGGUGUCUUCGCUGAGGCUAGACCGCGCGGGCAACUGGCGGCUGAUGUGUAUGUGGCGAGCGCGUUGACAGAGUGGCACUGCUACAAGGAUCCGAGUGCGCUGAAGAUUUUCGAGCGCGGCCUCAAGCUCUUCCCAACUGACGAAGGUUUCGCAAUCGAGUAUAUGCGGCACCUUCUCUUCGCUGGCCAGGGAGACGUGGUCAACGCUCGAGUUGUCUUCGAGACUACCGUCACGAAGAUCACUAACGGCAAGGGCAUUACCGAGCAGGAGAAGAAAGCCAAGAUUCGGCCACUGAUCAACUAUAUGCAUGAGUAUGAGAGUCAGUACGGAGACCUUGCGGCGAUGAAGAAGCUGGAAGCUAGGAUGAAGGACUUGUACCCCGAUGAACCGGAAGUUAGCAGGUUUGCAAUGCGGUUUGAUAUGCCCGGAAAGUUCGACGGCAUGAGUGUGCAGCUGAUACUGUCACCGGCGCAAGCAAAGCCGAAGACAACGUUCGGGGCCGCACAGCAAAACGUACCGAUGCUGGCAGUGCAUGGUAUAGCUGGCGAAGAGGCCAUGCUAAGGCUGGGACGGAACGGACCCUACAUGGCGAGCCCGAAGCGUCCGCUUGAAGACGAUACUGACGCAGAUACGCCUCGGAAAUUCAUGCGUGCCGAAUCGCCACUGAAAGGGGCUGCGGGCAGAAGAGUGCAGGGUCACGUGCCCACCGGCUCAACCUCGAAUCCUGUCACGAGCACGGGAACGGGCGGCACCAUCACAGUCAACAGUGGUGGCAACAGCGGAUACAUGACGAAGAGCUACGUGCCUGCCACGUCUCCUGCCUACAACGCGGCCGCGAGCGCACCGGGGAAUCCGACAGCACCUCCGGCCCAGUCACAGUUCCCAGGAGAGAUCAACUACUUGCUCUCCAUCCUGCCGCCUGCACAUUCCUACAAUGUCACCGUCUUUCUGCCAGAGAAGGUGCUGGAGUUGCUGAGGUAUACGAACUUGAACAGGUUGGUGCGGUAGAGUACGGACUAGGCGGUCAAGCACUCGACGGCCCACGGUCUUCAAAGCACGGCAAGUACUUGUUGUACCGAUCAGGAAUUCUUAUGGCGCGGCUGCUGCAGGUGCUGCGGCGCCUGGGCGUGAGCAAAGGAGCCUCCGCCGUUGAGUUUUGAGCAUGCUGAUAGUUGCUCUGGCGCCGGCUCAAAUUGUACCAUAAUCAUGAAAUAAUGAGUGGAGCCAGUCCUGAAAAGCUUCCACAGAUUAUUAUUGGAUUGUUCCGCACUGGCGAUUGCACAAGCCCAUACAUGCUUCUCGUCGUAUGCCAUCGUCGCGCCUCCACGCGCUGUUACGCACGACUGUAACCGCCGUGCGGAUGACCAGUGGUUACGAGCCUUCAACAAAGCUUGCGGUUAUGGUGCAGGGAG